UUCUAAACAAAAAAAAAAAAAGAAAAAGAAAAAACGAUCAACAGAUUCACUCUUUCUUCUUCGCGAAGAAAUUUCACGUACUGCCAGGGGGGAGAGACAGGGAUUGUGUGCAUACAUUCACAGGUUUUGAUGUGAAUUUGGAUUCGAUAGAGAGAGAAAAAGUUUGAGCUCGAAAAGCACGCCCAGGAAAGGCAGGAAUUGUAUGGCGCUGUUUCGGAAAUUGUUCUAUAGGAAGCCGCCGGAAGGACUCCUCGAGAUCUGCGAACGAGUUUACGUGUUUGAUAGCUGUUUCAGUUCUGAUGUUUGGGAAGAAGAAAAUUACAAACCCUAUGUGCGAAAUGUAAUUGCUCAGCUUCGGGAUAAUUUCUCAGAUGUAUCAAUCUUGAUUUUCAAUUUCCAUUCCGGGGAGAUGACAAGAAGCUCGAUUGCAAAUAUUUUGUCUGAAUAUGAUAUAACUAUAAUGGACUACCCUCGACACUAUGAGGGUUGUCCAUUGCUCUCAAUGGAGGUCAUCCACCAUUUUCUAAGAUCCAGUGAAAGCUGGCUAUCUCUAGGCCUGCAAAAUGUGCUUCUAAUGCACUGCGAACGGGGUGGUUGGCCAAUUUUGACAUUUAUGUUGGCUGCAUUACUGAUAUAUAGAAGACAUUACACUGGUGAACAGAAGACUUUAGAUAUGAUAUAUAGACAGGCUCCACGUGAGCUUUUGCACUUGUUGACACCUCUUAAUCCCAUUCCUUCUCAGCUGAGAUACUUGCAGUAUGUAUCGAGGAGGAAUGUAGGUACAUCCUGGCCUCCUCUUGAUAGACCUGUCACCUUGGAUUGUGUCAUCCUUAGGAUGAUACCUAAUUUUGAUGAAGGUGGAGGAUGCCGACCAACAUUUCGUAUCUAUGGACAAGAUCCAUUCCUUGUAGGGGACCGAAAUCCAAAACUUCUAUUCUCAAAACCAAAGAAGAUUAAACCCUUUCGUCAUUACAAGCAGGCAGAAUGCGAAUUGGUAAAGAUUGAUAUCAACUGUCAUAUUCAAGGUGAUGUUGUGUUGGAGUGUAUCAGCUUGAAUGAUGACAUGGAACAAGAACAAAUGAUGUUUCGAGUUAUGUUCAAUACAGCUUUUAUUAGGUCUAACAUUGUGAUGCUUAACCGUGAUGAAAUCGAUACAAUGUGGGAUUCUAAGGAUCAAUUUCCAAAGGAUUUCAGGGCAGAGAUUCUUUUCUCAGAGAUGGAUGCUGCUGCUGCUUCAGUACUCCCUGGGAAUUUAUCCUGUUUUGAAGAGAAGGAUGGCCUCCCAGUCGAGGCAUUUGCUAAGGUUCAGGAGAUCUUUAAUAGUGUUGAUUGGUUGAGUCCAAAGGGUGAUGCUGCUCUCAAUGUGCUCCAACAAAUAACUGCAGCAACCAUGAUGCAAGAAAAGUUGGAAUCAAGUUCACCCCAGGGUAAGGAAACUAGUCCUUCCUCACAGUCAUCAACUCCCAUUAAAGCUCAAGAUUGGGAAGGGCCCACAACAUUAGAUGAUGCAGAGAAUCAAUCUCAGUUCUCUCCCAAAUCAUCCCUCAGAGCAGAUACAAGUGAACAGAAGGGGAAAGAGGUGUCUUCUGCACCUGAAACAGAGACUCUCUCACUCGAUACUGUUAUUCUCAAGCCUCCUCCUUUGCCUACUAAGGAUCAAGUUGAUAGUAUCUUGGAACCUCCAUAUCCUAUUCCAGUACCUCAUGAACCUGUUACUCCACUGUCAGAUAAGGUAGUCACUGUUUCUAUACCUUCUCCACCUCCCCCUCCCACCCAAGCUUUAAGUCCUGCAGUCAUAUUGUUGACGGAUGAGACAACUACUACCAGUGAUCCUCGCCCACUUCACCAUACAAUGCAGGAGGUACAUCCAAUGACUUGGGAAAGAGAUGCCGCUGCCAAGGAAGGCUCUACUCCAACCUCAUCUUCUUCUCCUCAUACUCCUUCCACCCAAUAUUCAGAUGACAGGUCAGUCCUUAGAAGUGUACCACCGCCGCCACCGCCACCACCACUAACACCAAACGAAAAGGAUAAUUUUGCCUCCAUGAGUGGUGAAUGUCGACUUCCAUGUUCUCCACUCUCACCUUCGAAGGAAGAUUUAACUCCCAUUGGUGUUCCACCACCACCAACACCUCCCAAUUCAACCCCAUUAUUGAAGGAGAGUACUGCUCCCGUAUGUAGAGAGUUUGAACCUCCACCUUCUCCACCCUCACCUCUCAAGGGAAGUAUAUCCUCUAUUCAUGGAUCACCAGCUCCAGCUCCACCGCCCCCAUCUACAGAGACUGCUAGCUCUAAAAAGUCAGCAGCAGUACCACCACCACCACCUCCUCCUACACUUUCUUCUUCAAUGAACCCUCAUAUUGCCCUUCCACAGAAUGUUCCUUCUGCUCCACCUCCUCCAACCCCAUUUAUUAAUGGGGAGACAAAGGCAGGUACUAGUGUAACACAUUCUGAACCAAUGCCACCAGGACCACCGCCACCUUCUAUUCCUCCACCUGGUAUGAAAGGGAUACAACUUUUUUCCCGUGCCAUUAGUUCUAUAAACAGUCAGACAAAGAAACUGAAACCAUUGCACUGGUUGAAGAUAAGCAGAGCAGUCCAGGGAAGCUUGUGGGCCGAGACACAAAAAUCUGAAUCUGCCAAGGCUCCCGAAAUUGAUAUAUCAGAACUUGAAUCACUCUUCUCAGUUCCAAAUUCAGACAAAGCUAAAAGGAAAGGAAAUUCGAAGACCUCAUUGGGGGCAAAACCUGAUAAAGUGCAACUGAUUGAUCAUAGGCGGGCAUAUAACUGUGAAAUCAUGCUCACAAAGGUGAAGGUACCCUUGCGUGAUUUACUAAGUUCUGUGCUUGCCUUGGAAGAUUCAGCAAUAGAUGCUGAUCAAGUUGAGAGCAUGAUUAAGUUUUGCCCAACAAAGGAGGAGAUGGAAAUGCUUAAGGGUUAUAAAGGACCAAAGGAUAAUCUGGGAAGAUGUGAACAGUUUUUCUUGGAAUUAAUGCAAGUUCCUCGAACUCAGUCAAAACUCAGAGUUUUUUCAUUUAAGCUUCAGUUUCAGUCCCAGGUUUCUGAUGUCAGGAAAAGUCUAAACACUGUGAAUUCAGCAGCAGAUCAGAUUAGGGGUUCAGCCAAGUUGAAAAGAAUUAUGCAGACAAUUCUUUCCCUAGGAAAUGCUUUGAACCAGGGAACUGCAAGGGGAUCUGCUGUUGGAUUUAGGUUGGAUAGCCUACUCAAACUUACAGAAACCCGUGCACGAAACAACAAGAUGACUCUCAUGCAUUAUCUUUGUAAGGUCCUAUCGGCUAAGAUGCCAGAACUUCUUGACUUUUCAAAAGAUCUUUCAAGCUUGGAACCUUCAUCAAAGAUACAAAUAAAGUUCUUGGCAGAGGAAAUGCAAGCUAUCAGCAAAGGACUUGAGAAAGUAAUACAGGAGUUGUCCAUGUCAGAAAGUGAUGGACAGGUUUCGGAAAAUUUUUGUAAGGCUUUGAAGGAAUUCCUUUGCUAUGCAGAGGGUGAAGUAAGGUCCUUGGCGUUGCUUUAUUCUGGUGUGGGUAGGAAUGUGGAUGCAUUAAUUCUUUACUUUGGAGAAGAUCCUGCACGUUGUCCAUUUGAGCAAGUUAUCACUACUCUACUCAACUUUGUAAAAAUGUUCAAUCAAGCACACGAAGAAAAUUGCAAGCACCUGGAAUUUGAGAAGAAGAAAGCAGAGAAAGAAGCAGCAGCAGAGAAGCUGAAGACAAGUGAUUCCAUAAAAGAAACCCCAAACGUGAUGCAAUCUGCCAGCAGGAGUGUCAAAUAAUCAAAAUCUUAGAUCUCCUACCGAUGCCUGUAUUCCCAAAAAUGGAAUAAUGAUAUUACAUAAGUUAGAGAAGCUUCCCCAGAUCAAGAUGCAUUAGAAAUUUAAAAUUGUACGUUCUUGAUCAAGCUGAGUGUAAUUUUUCUGUUAGAAAGCUGGGGAGAUAGGAGCCUGUAUGGUAGAAUCUUGGCGGAGUUGCUUGCUGUUCAAGGUUAUUAUAGGAAGGAAAACGGAGUUGCAGUUCUGUAAAGUAGGGUAAGUGUGUGUAUAUAUAUAUUUUGCUAGCACUUUAGAAUAACACAGAAGCGUGAGAUACUUGAAAAAAUGAAUGUCAAACUCAUCCAUUCCCUCUUAUUGUUAUAAUAUACUUUUGGGUUUUGAUCUCC